AAGUAUCCGUUAACGUAUUAGUUUGUACAUUCUGACAUAACGAACUAUUAUUUCAGUCAGAUAAUUUGAAAAAUUAAUUCCCUAGCGCUGAAUUUGUUCUUAGAUUUUCAAUCUAAAUUAAUAUUCAUAUAUCAAUAUAUCUUCAAUAUAUUCUUACGCUGAUUGUUGAAUUAUUAUUUCCAUUUUAUUUCCUUUACGUUUGAUGGUAAGAGUUAAUUCGCGCCUGAUUUCUUCAACUAGUCGAAAUUCAACUCAUAUAUAUUACUGUUUAGUUCCGAAAUCGAGGGACCAGAAAUAAGCACGAGAACGCCUUAUUUCUUCGUUUUGCCCUUUGCCGCGAGUCUCAAUAGACGAAGUACAGUUUUCGACGAUGAACUUGAAACACGCCUCGCGAACGUGACGUGGAAUUACUGGAGGGAACCAUUCCAUCGGACGCGAUGGAGGUGGAGGUCUCUCGCUGCAGGGAGUUGAGGAUCCAGUCGGGCGCGUUCGCGGAUGGCGCGCCUUUGAAACGGGUUCACGUGUCAGGGAUCUACAGCCUGGUGGCUAAGAGGCAAGCGUUCCAGAAUCUGAGCGCGCCGAACACGCAUCUCGAAGUGUCUGAGUGCAACAGCGUGAUCCUAGAGAGUCACGCGUUCAGAAAUUCGCGAGGAACGCUGAGCGUUUCGAUAUCGAGAUGCAGGAACGUGGGGAUCAAACCGAACGCCUUCUCCAGGCUACUCUGGAUCACGAUUAGGGAGGUGCCGAUGCUGGAGCUGGCUAGCAACGCGUUCAAACUCGAGGCUUCUCAACACGGCAGGCAUGGACCAGCGACCAAGAUUAUGUUCCAAAGCGUGAGAAUCACCGAGUUGCCGACAGCGGUGUUUCCAUCGGCAGUGGCGGAAGUCCGGAUGGACGACAUCUGGACAAAGGUGAUCCGCAAGAACGCGUUCUGCGCGAUGACGAUCUUCAGCGUGACCAUAAGCAACGCGUCGAUCCUGGAGAUCGAGACCGGUGCGUUCAGCGACAGGGCGUUGAUCCAGAGCCUGGAGUUCGUCGACGUUAGAUUGAAGAGCAUAGAGAGAGGAGCCUUCCGGGCUGGCCACGACAACCUUACGAUACAAUAUUCAAGGCUCUCCGAAGUGGAGACCGGCGCCAUCGACAUAUCCGCCGCGACGGUCAGCUUCAAUAACAACGAGUUCUUGAACCUGCACCAAGGCGCGAUCGUCCUGCACCAAUGGAACCACAUAGCCAUCGACUACAAUCUGUUCGUCGAUUUGGAGACGGACGCGAUCAGCGCGGAAGUGGACGCCACGUCGGCGCCGAAUUUCGAGUUCUCGUUCACAGGGAAUCACAUAGAGAAGGCGAGGCCUGGCUCGCUGAAAUUCGCCGCGAUCUCGCAGCGAGUGAACACCGCCAGGGUUGGCAAUAAUUACUUCAAGGAGAAGUGUAGAUGCGGCCUGGACGGUUGGAUACGAGAAGUGACGGGGAAGAACAGCUCCGUUUCGUGGAUGAUGGAUUCGAGUUACUGCGUGGUCGACCAGCUUCUCGACAGGUGCUUCAACCUUCCGCAAGGCUACAUGUCCAUGAGGAAUUUCACGAAGAUCAUCUGCGGACCUGGCAGUCACAUCGUCUGCGAAAAGCCAUCUGCCAAGCCGGAGCCAAGCGUCAGUCCACCGAGCGUCGGUCCGCAUGUCUAUCCAAGGCACAAGGGUUACUUCGACGUGGAGAUGAGCGACUCGGAGCAAUUGCAACGCGAGAAGAGAAUCAUCGUAGUGAUCUGUGUGGUGGCAGUGUUCGUCGUGCUAGUGGUGAUCCUCGCCUCUGGGAUUCUAUACAUGCGUCGAAGCGGCGUCUGCCCGAAGUUAACGUCCGGUCACCUGAUGAAUCUCGCCAGCUGGCUGUCACCCAGUAGCGGAAUGACUGCUGCCACGUCUGCCAGAUCGAUAUCCAGGUUGAGCGUGCACGAGUAUGCGGGACUUCAACCAGAGACGCGGAUCCUGGAGGUGGAAACUCAGGCGGAGGCGACGGAAGACUACGAAGAAGAUGCCGAAGGGUUGUAUCCUUACACCGAGAACAAGGCCACGCAAACGUUGCCCGAGGAGUUGACGGAAGAGUACCUGAGGGACCUGCGAGAGAGACUGAACGAUCCUGACAACUACAAUCAAGCGAGGGACAUGAUCGAGCAUCUGUACGAUCUGAUCAAGGUGGAGGAGAGCUGUAACAACAACAACGACAGGCAACCAUCGGGCAGGGAGGAGAACGCGUACGACGUGAUUCAACCGAGGCAGAGGAGACUCAGAGGUGCGCCAAAGCCAUCCGUCAGCGUUGGUACGAAAGCACCGUCGUUGGAGAAACUAUUGCCGAGCGCGAUACAACCAAGACCACCCCUGACGGAGUAUACGCAGCCUCGCGAUCAAAAGCCAAGCGAGCAGAAUCAUCUGUACGCUGAGCUACCUGGCGACGAGACCGUUCCCAGUACCAGUCGACUGUCUCAACCGAUCUUGGCGACCUUGGCUGGAAGAGCGCCGCAACCACUGCCACCGGACGUCGUGAACGACCACCUGCUGAUCAACGACCACUCGAAUCAGAUGUUCAGUAAUCCGAAGACUGAGAACCACCGGCCUCCGGACAGCCCAAAGUUCGAAGCCUCCAGAAAUCCCGGCAGACCGAUGAGUUUCCUAAAGGCUCUCGGCGAGAGUAUUCUCGGCGGUUCGAAGCCGAACAACAAGAAAAGGCCGAACUCGUUGCUCUGCGAGUACGCGGAGCCUUCCGACGCGACUGCCCACCUGUACUCGGAACUACCAGAACCUCAAACGUCGACUCCGGCGGGCAAAAUGGCCAACAGGCCGCUACCCACCAAACCCGACCAAGACUCCGCGAGCAUGGCGAGGGCA